UGAAAUAAGAAGGAUACCUAGAGCUUCACUUUGAAUGUUUCGUAAUUAAAGAUGAUGAUGUAAUUGAACGGACAUACUCCUGGUAAUGGCCAAGGUGACGGAGUUCCAGUGGAGGAUUCCUGUUCCACAAGCCCUGCAAGAUGGAGCUGUAUUUGAGCGCUGGGAUGAGGAAUCCUCAACAUUGGAGUCUAACUGCAUGGUGAAAGUUGAUGAUUAUGGCUUCUUCAUUUACUGGAAAAGUGAAGGAAGGGAAGGCCAGGUGCUGGAGAUAUCACAGGUCAAUGACAUCAGACUGGGCCUUGCACCAAAAAUCAAUGACCCCAAAGUGUUGGCUGAACUGGAGCAAAAGGGAUCAGGGACCCUGGAGACUCGCACAGUGACCAUCUGUAGUGGCCUUGACCUCGUCAACAUCAACUAUACACCUAUGAUUGCUGCUGAUCCGGAGACUGCAAAGACCUGGUUUCAAAGUCUCCAACGACUCACUCCUAACACUAAAGCAAACAACAUUUGCCCUAUGAUGUCGCUAAGGAAACAUUGGAUGAAGCUGUGUUUCCUGGUGAAUCCUAAUGGCAAGAUUCCAGUUAGAAGUAUUACACGGACAUUUGCAUCAGGUAGAACAGAGAGGUUGAUUAUGCAGUGUUUGAAAGACCUAGGACUGCCAGGUGGAAAGUGUGACGACAUAGACUUAUCAGCAUUUACAUUUGACAAAUUUUAUGAAUUGUAUCAUAAGAUUUGUCCUCGAACAGACAUCGAAGACCUAUUCAAGGAACUAAGCGGAGAUGCCAAUAGAACUUACCUGACUGUGCCACAGCUUAUCACAUUCUUCAAUGAACGCCAAAGAGAUCCGCGUCUAAAUGAAAUCCUCUUCCUUUAUUGCGAUGAAAAGAGAGCACAGGCAAUUAUACAGAAUUAUGAAACAGACCCAGAAUAUGUUAAACAAAAUCGAUUAAGUCUGGAUGGAUUUUGUCGCUACUUGAUGUCGGAUGAGAAUGCCCCUGUUUUCCUGGAUCGGCUGGACUUCUAUAUGGACAUGGACCAGCCUCUUUCUCAUUACUACAUCAACUCCUCCCACAACACGUACCUCAUAGGCAGACAGUUUGGUGGACGGUCCUCGGUGGAGAUGUACCGCCAGGUGCUAUUGGCUGGAUGCAGAUGUGUUGAACUGGAUUGUUGGGACGGCAGGAAUGAGGAUCAAGAACCAAUCAUCACCCAUGGCAAGGCGAUGUGUACUGACAUCUUCUUCAAGGACGUUAUAACAGCUAUAGCUGAAACUGCAUUCAUCACCUCAGAGCAGCCUGUUAUUUUGUCGUUUGAGAACCAUUGUAGCAAACCUCAGCAGUAUAAGAUGGCUAAGUAUUGUGAGGAAAUCCUUGGUGACUACUUGUUGAAGCGUCCCCUUGACUCAGUUCCGCUGGAACCAGGACAACCCCUCCCUUCUCCAAGUCAACUUAAAAGAAAAAUACUGAUAAAAAAUAAAAGGUUGAAGCCUGAAGUAGAGAAAAAAAACCUGGAACUCUUUCUGAAGGGUCAAGAACAGUUAAACGAGGAUGCUGAGCCAGGAGAGGACCCGAGUGUUGUGAUUGCCAGUGUUGAUGGAGAGGAAGGACCGUUAAAUGGUAAAUGGAACUACUGUAAAGAUAUUGAUCCAAGUGUGAUCAAUCUUGACACGGAUGCCCAUCCCGAGUUUAAGAUGUCCAAGCCUGUCAAUGAACAAAACCUGGAGUUGUCUGAGGAUGUUUCCAACAACAAGAUGUCCACCACCAGUAGUAACAGCUUCAAAUUCAAUGACAAGAAGGUAGUGGAGGAAGAGGGGAGUCUUACAGCAGAUGAAGAGGCAGCAUUAAUGUCAGCAUACCACUACAGUGGAGCUACCACAAACAUCCAUCCUUACCUGUCUGCAAUGGUCAACUACGCUCAGCCAAUCAAGUUCAAUGGCUUUGAUGUAGCUGAAGAAAGAAAUAUUCAUUAUCACAUGUCCUCCUUCAAUGAAAGUACCGGCCUGGGCUACCUGAAAUCUCAUGCUGUCGAAUUAGUCAAUUACAACAAACGUCAGAUGAGUCGGAUUUAUCCACGAGGCAGUCGUGUGGACUCGGGCAACUAUAUGCCACAGUUGUUUUGGAAUGCUGGUUGCCAGAUGGUUGCACUGAACUUCCAAACUCCAGAUCUGGCCAUGCAGCUUAACCAGGGCAAAUUUGAGUACAAUGGUAAUUGUGGAUAUUUAUUAAAACCAGACUUUAUGCGACGACCUGACAGAACAUUUGAACCAUUCUCUGAGAGUCCUGUUGAUGGGGUUAUUGCAGCUCAUUGCUCUGUUCAGGUAAUAUCUGGACAGUUUUUGUCAGACAAGAAGGUAGGGACUUACGUUGAGGUAGACAUGUAUGGUCUUCCUACUGAUACCAUCCGCAAAGAAUUCCGUACCAAGGUGGUGCCGUCCAAUGGCCUCAACCCAGUAUAUAACGCGGAGGAGUUUGUCUUCAGAAAGGUGGUGCUUCCUGAUUUAGCAGUACUAAGAAUUGCUGUUUUUGAAGAAACUGGUAAACUGAUUGGACAAAGAAUUUUACCUCUAGAUGGUCUUCAAGCAGGUUACAGAUAUAUUUCCCUACGGACAGAAGGAAACUUCCCAUUGUCUCUACCCACAGUCUUCUGUAGAAUCAUCCUUAAAACUUACAUCCCAGACAAGCAUUUAGAUUUUGUCAAACUUCUGUCUAACCCUGAGAAACAGCUGAAGGAAAUGGGAAUUGACACAUCUGACAUCAUUGACAGCCCUGUACCAUGUCCUGGUCCAGCCAGUCGCCAACUUAGUGGCUCAGGUUUGACCUCUGGUAGUAAUGGUCAAGUGUCCUCCAACUCAGGCUAUGGUGACAAACCUGCUGGCACACCAAACGCCUCACAGAAAAAAGAGGAAAAAAAAGAUGAUAUGAGCUUUCCAGCCAUUACUAGGGACCUGCUAAAACAAGCCAAGGCAUUCCAGAAGAUUCUCAAGAAACAGCAGCGGGAGAUGGAGGCACUGAAAAAGAAACAACAAAAGGAGCGUUCAGCAAUGCAUCGUCAACACUGUGUAGUUGUUGACAAAAUGGUGGCCACUCAUAACAAAGAACGACAGGGGUCAGACAAAAAGAAAAAUGGUGAUAAUUCACUUCCGGAGUUGAAAGACUCAGCCAAGAUAACGGAAUUGGUGACUGACCACACUAAGGAGUGGUCAGGCAUGGUGAUGAGACAGGUGUCUGAGGAACAUGACCAGCGUAAGGAACACAUUAAUCAACAGAAUGACUGUCUGAGGAAGCUGUUAGAAGAAGCCCACCAGGAUCAGCUCAAGGAGCUCAAUACAAGGCAGAGUCGGGAGGUGAAAGAUUUGAAUGCCAACCAAGUGAAACAGUCUAUGGAGUCAAGUAAAGUCGUCCAGAAUGAUAAAUCUAUCAAAAAUAAGGCAGAGAGGGAGAGGAGAAUACGUGAAUUAAAUGAAAAUAACAUGAAGAAAUUUGUUGAUGAAAGAAAGAAACAAACCAUGAAACAGUCCAAACAAUUAGAAUCGCUCAAAAAGAACCAUCAAAAACAGAUGGAUAAGUUUUUACAGGAAAGCAAAAAGGAGCUUGAAAAGGCAGACAUGAUCCACGAAGAAGUAAAAUUAGCCACAAAACCAGAAACAGAUGUUUAAUAGCUGCUAGUAUUUUGUUAAAGAGACAUUGCAUGUGUACUUAUAUGUCAGGACUGUUUGUAUCAAUAGUCAUUACAGACUACAAAAUAGUCCUACAACUUACCUGUCAGGGCUGACUACACACAGGUACCUAUAACUUACCUGUCAGGACUGACUACAGACAGGUACCUAUAACUUACCUGUCAGGGCUGACUACAGACGGGUACCUAUAACUUACCUGUCAGGACUGACUACAGACAGGUACCUAUAACUUACCUGUCAGGGCUGACUAUUGACUGGUACCUAUAACUUACCUGUCAGGGCUGACUAUUGACUGGUACCUUUAACUUACCUGUCAGGGCUGACCUGUCAGGACUGACUACAGACUGGUACCUAUAACUUACCUGUCAGGGCUGACAUGUAAGGGCUGACUACAGACAGGUACCUAUAACUUACCUGUCAGGGCUGACUACAGACAGGUACCUAUAACUUACCUGUCAGGGCUGACUAUUGACUGGUACCUAUAACUUACCUGUCAGGGCUGACUAUUGACUGGUACCUAUAACUUACCUGUCAGGGCUGACCUGUCAGGACUGACUACAGACUGGUACCUAUAAUUUACCUGUAAGUGCUGACUACAGAGAGGUACCUAUAACUUACCUGUCAGGGCUGACCUGUCAGGGCUGACUACAGACAGGUACCUAUAAUUUACCUGUCAGGACUGACUACAGACAGGUACCUAUAACUUACCUGUCAGGGCUGACUACAGACAGGUACCUAUAACUUACCUGUCAGGACUGAUUACAGACUGGUACCUAUAACUUACCUGUCCGGACUGACUACAGAGAGGUACCUAUAACUUACCUGUCACGGCUUACUACAGACAGGUACCUAUAACUUACCUGUCAGGGAUGACUACAGACUGGUACCUAUAACUUAUCUGUGAGGGCUGACUACAGACUGGUACCUAUAACUUACCUGUCAGGGCUGACUAUUGACUGGUACCUAUAGCUUACCUGUCAGGGCUGACCUGUCAGAGUGGUACCUAUAACUUACCUGUCAGGGCUGACUACAGACUGGUACCUAUAAUUUACCUGUCAGGACUGACUACAGACAGGUACCUAUAACUUACCUGUCAGGGCUGACUACAGACAGGUACCUAUAACUUACCUGUCAGGGCUGACUACAGACAGGUACCUAUAAUUUACCUGUCAGGGCUGACUACAGACUGGUACCUAUAACUUACCUGUCAGGACUGACUACAGACUGGUACCUAUAACUUACCUGUCAGGGCUGACUACAGACGGGUACCUAUAACUUACCUGUCAGGGCUGACUACAGACUGGUACCUAUAACUUACCUGUCAGGGCUGACUACAGACAGGUACCUAUAAUUUACCUGUCAGGGCUGACUACAGACAGGUACCUAUAACUUACCUGUCAAAGAUGAUGAGUAAUUUGUCUCUCAUCCCGUCUCAAUAGCUAUUUCAUUAAUUAUGAUCAUGUUAUGAAAUCAGAUUUUAUAAUUAAUUUAUUUCUCCCAAAUAGUUCUUUUUUAUUGUGUAGUUAAUUAUAUAUCAUCAUCAGAUCUCAUUGUGUGUGGGGGAAUCCUUAGAGGUAUAUUAUUAGUAAACACAAUGCAAAUGGGGAAUCCUUAAAGGACUAUUAUUAGUAUCAUUGAGUGGGGAGUCCUUGAGGAUAUUAUUAGUUUGUUGAGAGGUGUUAAUGACAGAUCUGUGAUUAAGGUAGAGAAAGUCUAGCUGUGAUAGAGUUACACAGAGCAGUGACUCAGUCAGAUGCUCUUUUAUAACCUUGUAUAUAUCAAGAGGUAGGAAGUCCUCCAUAAAUAUUAGCUAGAUUGUAGAUUUAGCAAAGUGUGUGAAUAGCAGAGUAAACACUUGUAGACAUUUAUCAUUAGGAAACAAGAGCAUUGCCACAAAAGUGAUGUCUUCUGGUUGUCAACAUGCAAUCAACAGAGGCCAUAUAAAUGUACAUGCUUCACUGUUCUAUACAACUGAAAUCAGAGUUGUAGCUCAUGUGGAGGCAGAAGAUGAAUGAUUGAAGUGUCUGGUCUAGAAUGUUAACGCAUAUGACAGUUGAUUACUACAAAAACAAUUGCAGGCUCAGCAGUGGAUAGGAAAAUAAAGAAAAGAUGAGAGUAGAAGUCAGGGACCAAUGGUAGCCCCUAGUUACGGGACCAGCGACAACUGAGCUGAUCAAAACAUACUAUCUGCUGUCAAUGAACAAAACAAUACCAUCUAUUCAUAUUGGAUAAGAAGUGUUGAAGGACUUUGGAUGUAAGAUAUCAUGUUAUUGCUGUGAGAAAAACCCAGAAAGGUUCAGAAAGCAUCCAGAGGACAAAGUCUUGAUUAUCAUAAUAAUGCUCAUUUCUCUUCCAAAUAUGUGUUUUGCUAUGUUUUAUGUACAGUUGAUAGAUAUGUAUACCCUACUCCAUGUACACUGGCAAUGGUUCUUUUUUGUGAAUUGUGCCAUUGUAUUCGCUCAACUGGUCUGAAGGACCAUCCAUGGUGUGGUGUGGUGUUGUCAGACCUUGGCAUCUGUUGGCCAUCAUCAGCCCUGUUGAUGUUUACUUUCUGUUAACAUCUUUUAAAAAAAUUCUGAAAAGCUGGAAGACUUAUAAGGAUUGGUAAUUGGUCGGGAAAUGGCUGUGUUUAGGGGCUAACAACAUUGUUGAGACUUUAACACACAUUUAGAUAUGAACUAUAUACAGUCCCUUGGAGACACCUUUAAAGCUAACAGUAUAAUUCCAUAUAUGUCCUGUUCCUGUGACUAUGGAUAUUGCAGCUAGUCACGCACAAGUAACAUUUUACCAUGUGAGACUGAAAAAAGGGUCCUUUUGUAACCUUUUCACUUAGCAGAUAUUGUCUGAUGGAUAAUGCAGUAAGUUUUUAUCAACACCUUUAAAUUGAGACUAUAAUGGACAAGAUCAGUGUUAAUGUUCAUCUUAUACACAAUUGUAGGCAGCAUCUUGCAUCCGAUAUCUUAAUCUCUUAGCUGAUGACAUUUUUUUGAAGUCUGAACCAUCAAUCAUCAGCAGUAGGCUCUCCCUCCAUAACCACAAAGUAUGGAAAUGUAUUCAAGAUCAGAGACAUAAUAAAGUGAGAUAUAUGAAUUGGUGUUUAGAAUCCCUCUCCCAAACAUUCUCUAAUGCCAAGGUAAAAUAUUUCAAGCAACAUUCAAAUGAGACUCUUUGUCUGUAUAAAGAUUUCUAUGUAAAGUCAUUAGAUAUUUAUUCUGGCACAUAUUUUUCUUCCCUAGUCCUUCCUCUCUAGCCCUUAUCCCUAAAUUGCAAGAUCACAAAGUUGUGGUUAUGUUUGAAAUAUUAAAACAUAUCUUAUGUUCCUUAUAUCAGGGGUUUUUUUUUACAGGAUCUUAUUUUUUUUUUAAUUUUACAACCCUAUCAAAAUCAUGAGAAACAAAAUCUAUUUGCUUUUGUUUGUAAUAUAUGAUUGGUACAAAGAAAAUGGACAAGUAGAUUUGUAAGGGAUGUCUGUGUUUACUCUUUAAUUUGAUUGUAUAAUUGUCCCCAAAAAUUUCAGUAGCUAUAAAUUAUUGAUAUACUACCCGAGUAUGAACGUUUGAUUAGGUGUUUCCACUUAGAAAAGGCUGACAUUUGUUUUCUUGUAUUGAGUUCCAAAGUUAAAAGGCUAACUUCUUUAAAAUAUCAUUAUAUCCCAUAAAUAAUGAUCAGACUUAUAAACACUUUCAAAGUACAAUGAGACAGUUUAAGUGAAAUAGGUGUACUGUCGUGGCGGUAUUAAUUAAAGUUAUACAAAGUGAUUCAUCAACAUUAACUUUUGCCACUACAUGAUGGUUUCUUUAUCCACAUACAAAAAGGAACGAAACACAAAUUGAAAUAUUUCAUCUUUAAAAAAUCAUACAAUUGUAAGUUCACAAGGCAAAUUACCAUUAUAGUCAUCAGAAUUAUCACAGGUGUAAUUAAGUUUUAUGUGCUUUACUCGCGUUUGUAUUUGUCAUGUAUUAAUGAAAUUGUUGAUUUUGUUUGUUAUAUUUUAAGAAAUUUAAUUGAGAUGUGUUUGUGUACCAUUGUUUCUUUCCAGUACUUAGAAGUUAUUUUACUUCAUUUUUGUAUCCUUGUCAAGCUCUCAGAACAACGACUGUUAUGUGAUGCAUGAGAAAGCGCUCUAUGUCAUUCUGAUUAACUAAGUACCUGAUCAAAAAUUAUUGUCCUCGAAAGUUAUUUUGUAGUAAAAUUAUGACAGAUUUCAGCCAAAGCUUAAGAUUUAUAACCAAAGAAUUACAUCUGUAAUACUUAAAUUGAAUAUCAUGUUAAAUCCUAUAUGCUUGUUUCAUUACUCUGAAAGCCCAGAGAUCUUUCACUUAGAUCUGAAUUGUUUCAGGAUGUUUAUUAGCUGUGUAUAAUUUAUUUGGCCAUUCUGAGAUGAAAUCUAGCUCAUUGGAUAUAGCUUUGUUGAUCAUUACUAAUUAUUUAUUGUGUAUAUCGGCCAUUUAACACUUACUAGUCAAACACCACAUUACUAGUCAAAUAUUAAAUUAUUCAAACCAUUAAAUACGUUACUAUUUAUAUGUUGCAGUUGCGGUAUACCAGCAAUUAACCAUAUAAUUACCAAUAGUCAUACAUUACACUAUACAGACCAUUAAACACAUUUAAAGUCAUAUGUUACAGUAUACUGGCCAUUAAACACAUUACUAUUCAUACAUUACAGUUUAUACAGGCCAUUUAACACAUUACUGGUCAUACAUUGCAGUAUACUAACCAUUAAACUUAUUACUAGGCAAAUGCCUCACUACUUGUCAUACAUUACAGUUUAUACAGGCCAUUUAACAGAUUACUAGUCAUACCUCACUGUAUACCUUGGACACCAUAGUAUUUUGUCUUUCUCAAAGAUCUUUGUUAUUUAUAAGAUAUCUCUUUAAAAUUAAUGUAUAUUUAAUUCAUUCAGUAGGUUUCAUCGCAGAUUAUUUAAGAAAAUCAUGAAUAAGGUCAGUCUCAUGUAUACUUUAAAGUCCCAGAUAUAUUCUAAAUUUCUGUUUAUUGAAUAUUUUUUUGUAUUGAUAUGAUAAAAAAGAUUACAUCAUAAUGUAUUGAAUCUCAAUAGAUAUGUCUCAAGACCAAUUCAAACAUGUUUAUUUUUGGUGGUUUUGUAAAAAAAAUAUUAGCAUGGCUGCCAAUCACAGCAAUAUAAUGGACUAUCCAGUAGGGAUAUUAGUUGUGAGCAUUUUUUACACAAAAAAAAAAGUAAGUUAGCGAUGAUGAGCAAUAUACUGAAGAUUCCUCUAAUUAAGUGCUGUAGUAAGUCAGAAAAUAACUUAUUAGGGUGAGUGAUUGUAUCAAUAAUGUGUGAGAGGGCAGCAUUGGCUCUAGUGUUAUGAAUACCUACCUUUACACAACACUGUUUGUAUGGUAAAUUCCUGCUUCUGAAAUUAUAUACAUGUUUAAUACAGUGCUUGAUUUUAUUUGUGCAAUAACAGAUUUUUGUGUUUUCUGAAGGCUUUUGUUAGUUUUACUGUUGAAUUGUUUGUAUUUUUACUUAUCUAAAAUAAUCAAAAUAUUUUGUGUAGACCCCAUUAAAAAGUCCAGCACGCUGAGACCAAUGUGUCUACACCUGUAAAUGGCACUAACAACUGCUGUUUACAACUAUCACUACAGAUUAUAGUUUCAUCACAAAGCCAGGUGUGACUACAGAUUUAGGUUUCCUCUAAAAGAUGGGUGUGAUUACAGAUUAUAGUUACAUUGCUAAGUCAGGAGUAACUACAGGUUAUAUUUACAAAGUGUAUUGAAGCGCUAUACAUUGCCACAAUUUUUGUAACCAUAAUCAUUACUUUUUUAUAUCUUGAUGUUGUUUCUUUUUUUAAGAUUUCUUUAACAGUUCUUUUCAUUAUGGUAGUAUCUUCAAAAUAUUAUCAUAAAGCACUGCAUUAUUCAUAUUUUCAACGAAAUGGUGUUCAAGACCUGUGUUUUUUUGUAAUGCUAAGAUUUACAAGCUAUAGGUGAGUUUCUUGGCAUGGUAUAUUGAUCCCCAAAAUUUGUAGUUUUUAUUACAUCCAAUUUCUACAAAACUAUAAAACAUGCUUUGAUGUUGGUAGAUCUUAUAAGUAAAAUGAAACUUAUUUUUUAACAGCAUGAAAAACUGAUGGCCUUGCUAUUUAUUUUUCCAUAAGAACAUAAUUUAAAAGUAGUUAUACCAUGUUCCUUUGGCUCCUACUCUAGAGGCCUGUCAGGUUUAGUGGCCUCUUUUAGUGGAUUACUAGAUGGCAUACUGAUAAGUGUUUGGUGCAGGACUAAAUUAUAAUGAAGAUAAAAACAAAUUGUUUGCAGUUAGUAACUUUCGUUGCAUUCAAUUACCACUUUGAAGAAAGUUUUUCAUGGAAAAUUCAGUCCUGGUCCACCAAGCUACUCAAAACAUCUUGUGACAGCCCUAUAACGUUGGAACAGACACUGUCCUGUGAAGUUCUGUAUACAUCAGAUAACAGGCGGAGAACUGUGACAAAGCACCUUGCUAGAGGAAUGGUACUUUUGAAUUUAUGUACAAGUUUGUGAAAGUCUUUGACCCGCACCUUGCCACAGAGCAAUAUGAUAUGCCUGUUGUGUUCUAUUUAAGAGAAUCUCGUCGUGAUUUGUGAUAGCAGUCGAUGGGUACAGAAGGCUGUGAUGAUUUGCUAGGCAUGUGAAGAGAGUGAGAGUGUGUGCUGAAUCAUCUAGACAUUUUAAUAUUCUCUAGCAUUACCACAUUUGUUGUACCCACUUGUUGACUUGUUUUAUUUUGUGUGUCUAUUUUAUAUGAUGCUAAUGUAUCCAGUCAUCUGUAACUUGUUCUUUAAAUGAUUGUUUUACCCUUUCAGUUAUGUCUUUUAAAAAUAAAAUAUUUACACUAGAUUUCAUAGAA